AUGGCCCGAUCGGACCUCUCCGCGGCGCCGCGGCUGGUCGACAAGGCGACGCGCGAGUGCGGCCAGGCUGGCUCGGGCGAGAGCGCUUGGGUCGCGCUGAAGGACUUUGCGCGCUGCUCGGACGCCCAUCUCCUCGCGAUCGCCGGCGCGGUGUGGGAGCACCUCGGCGCCCCGCACUCGCAGGCUCGCUGGCAGGCGCUCGAGCUGUGCGCGCGGCUCUGGCCUCGCUCCGCCGCCUUCCGGCACGCGCUGAUGCGCGACAUCCCCACCUUUGUCCAGCUCGUGUGCGCCAUCGCGCCAGCCGCAUCUGCUGGACGCGCCGCCGCUGCCCGUGGCGGGCUGCCACCGCCCGAGCACUGGGCGAAGCAGCUGCAUCGGCGCGGCGUCGAGCUGAUCGAGAGGUGGCACGCGUCGCACGGGCACCUUCCCGAGUACCGCCAGCUCGACCUCGCUCGCCGGCGCGUCUGCACCAGCGCUGCCUCCGCGUCGGCGUCUCUGGACGACGGCCCUCAGGCGCAGCGGUGGGCAGAGCAGUGGCAGCAGCUGCGGGACGGAGGGGCGGAGGCGAGCCUCGCCGAGGCGGCGGCGGCCGUCGUGCAGCUCGGCACGUGCGUCCAGAUCAUGGCACCGAUCGACCUGCGCCAGCCGGAGCAGCGCAGCGAGGAGGAGCGGGCAGCCCUCGGGGAGGCGCUGCAGGGUGCUUGCCGAGAGGCGCGCCUCCGCCUCCUCCCGAAGCUUCGCGCGCACCUCGCCGCCCUCGCGCACGCCCCGCUCGACGACGACUUGCAGAGCCACGAGCGGCGCGUCACUCGCGGCUGCGAGCCGAGACUGGCCGGGCGCGUACACACGCGGCUGCUGCGGCGCGUCACGGCGGCGCGUUCGGCGCUGCUCGAGCUGCUUCUCCCCGACGGCGCCACCCGCACGCAAGAGGGGGAGGCAGCCCAGGGGGAGGGGGAGACCGACUCCGAUUCCGACUUUGAGGACGUGCCCCUGCUGCCGGCGCAUAGCCUCGCGCGGACUGCCGCCGCCUCCGACACGCCCGCCGCCGCCGCCGAGCGGGCGGUGCGAUCGCCGCGUUCGGCUGCGAGGGCUGCCGCAGCGUUGAUGGGCGCGAGCGCGGGUGCCGCCGCCGGAGCGAACGACGGGACGGCGCUCUGUGGCGCGCCGCGCCGCGACGGAAGCUUGUGUCGCGUGGCCGUGCCGCCGGGCGGCGUGUGCCCGUUCCACGGCGAGCGGUGCGAGCGCGACGAUGACGGCAUCCCCUUGCACGACGAGUGGCGGCAAGGAGGGGAGCGGCCACCCGAGGCUCCGGCCGCAGAGGGGCAGGCGGCGCCAGCGCCAGCGCCAGCCCGCGGAGAGGUGUCGCCUCCUCCCCCGCGUGCGAAGCGAUCCCGCCCUCGCCGCUCCGCCGCGGCCAGGGGCGGGCUGGAGGAGGUGGAGAGGCCUCGCUCGCAUCCGCAGCUCCACGCGAGGCUCGCUCGGAAGCGGCCGGGCGGCGCGGAGCGGCGUGCGGAGGCGGCGCGCGACGCGAAUGCCGCCACACGGGCGCGGUUCAAUAACUUAUGGUGA